GUACCCUAGAUAAUUCCCCCCCCCCCAUUUUCUCUCUCCUAUUCCCUUCUCCAUUCUCCCACAACUUCGAAGCUCGAAGUUUCUAUUCACUCAAAUCAAGCUACAUAUCCCUGAUUUUCUUCUAAUUUCAGGUUCUUCAGAUUGUUUCCUUUCGCACUUAGAUUUUUUGUAGCUUUUCUCUCUCUAAUUAUCUCGCAAUAUGUUGGUAUAACUGCAUUGAUUAAGGUGCGUUUGUUGAACAAUUUUAUGUAUUUUCUUUAUUGAUUUUGUUUGAAUUAGAGGUUAGUUAAUUAUAUUUAUAUAAUACUAUGGUAUCAGUGAUGAACAACGAUUUCGAUUUGGAGAGAAAUACAGUUUCUGCUUCAGAAGCUGAAGAUUCUAGGGUUUCGGAUGAUGGGUAUGUUGUUGAUAAUGUUAGGGAUGAAGGGGUUAGUGAUUCGCAUUUGAAUUCGGAUGUUAAGUUUUCUUCUGGGAAGGAUUUAGGUGCCCGGAUAAGUGAAAUUGAUGAAAAGGGGGUUUUGGAGAGACCUGAAUGGGAAAUGGAGGAAGUUAGGGUUUUGGUUGGGGAUGCGGACACGGGUUAUCAUGCGAAUGGUGAUUCAGGGAAUUCACUGGGGAAUGAUGGGGUGGAGGGUGAUGGAGAGAUUGAGGUUAAGGUUCAGGAAAUAGAGUCUAGAGAUGGACAGGAUGAAGGUGUGAGUCCCAAAGGGGGGUUUACUGGUAAUUUUAAUGGUGUUGGGCGUGUGGGUGUUCACAGAAAGAGGCGGAAGGCUGGUCGUAAAGAUGAGGGCUCACAGAUUGGUGAAUUUAGGUUGGAGACUCGUGGUUAUUUGCAAGGUUCAAUGAGUGAACCUGUCAGUGCUAGUGAUGAGGAUGAUGAAAUGAGAGGUGGAUUGGUUAUGGAUUCCAGGUUUGAAAUGGGUGACAUGGUUUGGGGCAAGGUGAAGUCUCAUCCAUGGUGGCCAGGUCAUAUGUUUAAUGAAGCUUUUGCUACUUCUUCAGUUCGACGGACAAGGAGGCAUGGGCAGUUGUUGGUUGCAUUCUUUGGUGAUAGUAGUUAUGGGUGGUUUGACCCCACAGAACUUGUUCAAUAUGACCCUCAUUUUGCAGAAAAAUCGCAGCAGACGACUUCAAGGAAUUUUGUUAGGGCUGUGGAGGAAUCGAUUGAUGAGGCUAGUAGGAGGAGUGCUCUUGGUUUAAGCUGUUAUUGUCGGAAUCCAAAUAACUUCCGCCCAGCAAAUGUGCCUGGUUACAUGGCUGUUGAUGUUGUAGAUUAUGAACCUGGUGCCGUUUAUUCUCUGAAUCAAAUUCGGAAGGCAAGAGAUAGUUUCCGGCCUUUAGAUGCUCUUUCAUUCAUAAUGCAGUUGGCUGUGGCACCAAUGAGUAGCGAAAGUAAGAACCUUGAUUUUAUUAAAAACAAAGCUACCACCCUUGCUUAUCGUAGAUCUGUAUUCGAAGAGUUUGAUGAGACGUAUGCUCAAGCUUUUAAUCAGCAUCCGGCACGGUCUUCCCAGUUGCCAGCAUUGCCUGAUAAAGUGCCAUCUCGAGCUCCUUUGAGUGGCCCGUUAGUCAUGGCAGAUACUCUCGGCGGUCGAAAGAGUUCCACUAAAGCUUCAAAAACAAAGGAGCUGUCCAAAAAGGAAAGAUACCUUUUUAAGCGCCGAGAUGAAGCUGGUGACUUGAGGACAACAAAGACCACGCAAGGUCAUGCAAGCUCCUCUUUGUCUGUUGCGGACGAGGAUGGACCAUCUGAUACGACUGCAGCUACUUUUGUGUUCCAGAAAAGGGAUUUAGCUGUCCAAGACGAUGAUCUGGCUCAUGUUGGGACCACAAAAGAUGCUUUAACAGGUCUUGGUGUGAUGGUUCCUUCUGGGUCACGAGAAUGGGAUUCUAGGGCUAUGGUGACAGCUGAUGUAGGCGAUGUGAAUGAUAAGGUUUCAGACAAGCAUGUCAACAGACUUAGUUCUAAUGAUGCAGGCCAUCUUGGUGUGAGAGAUGGCAUGAUAAAGAAAAAGAAAAAAGCUGCUAAACGCCCUGCACGGGAACUGAACUCUGAGAAAUCUGAUCUGCCGGAGAAGAAGAUCAAGAAAAUUAGGAAAUUAGAUGGUAAAAUGAGCAUAGACCAUGUUGAGAGAGAUACAGUACAAUCUGCUGGGAUGCCUACCGAUAUUGCUGCCUCAUUUAGAGAGGACUCUCAAGCAAGUCAGGGGAGGAAGGACAAUGAAGGUAUCAGUUCUGUUUCUUCGCAAGUGGGGUUGGUGUCAUCAGGAGAAGCUAAAGCCAAGGAUCCCGAACUGUUACAGUUGUUGGCUGAUUUGCGAUGUCUUGCCCUGAACCCUGCGCAUGGCAUGGAAAGGAAUGGACCUGCAAUUACACGUCAGUUUUUCUUGAAAUUUCGGUCGACUUUUUUCCAGAAGAGCUCAAGUGUUUCAGCUUCUGCUGAAUCUGAAAUCAGGGAGGAUCUGGACAUCAAAUCUACCCCUGCUUCUGAAUCUGCUGAGAAACUUUCAGCUGGGAACGGUAAAGGAUCUUCUGUAAAACUGCAGAAGCUCUCAGCCAGACACGAAGAUCCCAUAAAAGGGCGGAAACGGAUGCCAUCUGAGCGUCAGGAGGAAAAGGCUGCAAAGAAGGCCAAGAAAAUAACUGAAGCAAAAUCCCUGAGUUCUGAAAAGCGUGCCCUAAAGAACCCAGAGACGCAGCAACGGGCUGAGGGAAAAGCUAAGGGUGCUGCAGCACAAAGCCCGCAGUCAAAACCCAUAAAGUCAGAGCAGCGUCAGAAGAAAGUGGACCGUCCUCCUAAGGUUGAGGAUCCGACAUAUCUGAUUAUGAAGUUCCCGUCUGGCUCCUCCCUUCCUUCAUUGGUAGAGCUGAAGGCAAGAUUUGCCCGAUUUGGCCAACUGGACACAUCUCUCAGCCGGGUCUUCUACAAAACAAACACUUGCCGAGUUGCUUUCCUCUAUGAACAAGACGCGAGAAUUGCUUGUCGAUAUGCCAUGGGAAGCAAAUCUUUGUUUUCAAAUGUGAAGUUUGUGGUGAGGCCGGUGGCAGCACCUGAACCUCAGCAGCUGAGCAGCGGCAGGGUAGAAGACAUGCAGAGUGAGUCUGCAGCAAACAGAGAAUCAUCAACAAUAGAGUCAAAACCUGUGGUCCCCACUACAACGGUAAAGCAGCCGGUGCAGCAGCUGAAGUCCUGCUUGAAGAAGCCUUCUGGAGGCGACGAGACUGGUGGGCCUGGGCCCAACAAUGGUGCAAGAACAGCCCGGGUGAGAUUCAACAUGGGUGAGGUGAAAGGUGGUAGUACUGAUAAUAUGGGAGGUGGUGUUGAAGGCCAAAAGAUGGAGUCUAGGAAUUUGAUGUUGUCAUCAUCUUAUGAAGGUCCUUCAUCAUCUUCAUCGUCGUCUAUUGCUAUGGAUGUUAGUAACAAUCAAAGGUUCACAGUUUCUUCACAUCCAUUGCAACCCCCUGUUCUCCCCCACCCUCCCCAGUUUAUAAGGGCUCCAAUAAAUCACCUACAUCAUCACAUGAUAGAAUUAUCCCCAAGAAAUAAUUUGCAUGAUAAUCCAAGGCUGGAAAAUCAAGCACCACCACAACCCACCAGAGACGUCUCACAGCAGAUGAUGGACCUCUUAACAAGGUGCCAUGAUGUGGUGACCAACGUUAAGAGCAUGCUAGGCUAUGUGCCCUAUCAUUCUCUUUGAGAAAAUGGUGAUAUGGUGCACAUAUAUUUCUUGAGAAAUGCGUUGGACGGUUGGACCACCCCAUCAUCAAAAAAGACCCACCUUUCCAGCAGGGGACUGAUACACGCCGGAUUUGCAUUGUAAAAAAAGAAAAAAACACAGAAAUUUCAGCUUGGGUGAAAGGCCACAAUGGGUGCCGCCCAGUUAUGCCGAGAGAAUGAGCUGAAACGGACAAUAUUAUGGACAAAAAUGGUUGAUUGGGUGGGAGGGGGAUAGGAGAGUAAUGGGGGUCAAGGACACUCAAUAUCAGCUGAAUUGUACUCGAAGCUUGAAUAUUUGUGUAGCUCGUGGUACGGAACAAUAUAAUGUGUACCUGAUUUCAGGCUGUGGAUCCUUCUCUCUUUCUUUCUUGAUUUCAUCCUCCCAUGCCUGCUUGUUGGUGCUUUCGGUUCUUUGAGUUUGCUGUUUUUUAUGUGGGUUGAAUGACUUUAAUCUUGCAUUUAUCGCCAAAUAUUUUGGUCCAAUUUACCUUCUUUUUCUA